AUGAAAUACAUUCAGAAAGAAAACGCUGAAAUCAAGGCUGAGAACGCUUGCCUCACUUCUGAGUGCACACUACUGAAGAAGCGCGUACUGGAAGCUGAGCUCAGAAUUGUACAACUAGACCAAUAUUCCAGAAAUAAGAAUCUGGAAAUCAAAGGUGUUCCAACUUCACAGAGCGAGAACCUUUCUGCUAUUCUGAAAAAAAUCGGAGACGUUGUAAGUGAGCCUAUUAGUGAAAAUGAUGUUGAGAUCUGUCACAGAGUUCCAACGAGGGAUUCUGGGCAGUCUAACAUUGUGGUACAGUUCCGCAGCCGAUCAAAACGCGACGCUGUCCUCAACAAAACUCGAAAGAAGCGACUAUCAGCCACUGAUCUUGGCUACACACAGUCUUGUGCUGUGUUUGUCAAUGAACACCUGUGCUCUGAAUUGAAAAAGCUUUUGGGCAUGACGAUCGCGCGCAAAAGGGAAAAGAAUUGGCGUUUCGCUUGGACGCGGGACGGCAAGAUUUUCGCUAGGAAAAGUGAAUCCUGCCGGUCACUGCAAAUAAUGCAUGUCUCUGAUCUAGAAAAAAUUGACUAA